GUCUUCCUCAACUCAAGUAUCAUCCUUCCUUCGAUCUCAUCCCAAUUUGUCGCUCAUAUUAGUUUCAAGUCACCGCCAAAUAUAAGCACUUACGGAGAGAUGGCCGAUUUUUGCCAAUUUAUUCUCUACUAUGAGAAGGGACGCCUUGAUCGGCAUCGGCCCUAUAUCGAGGCCCCUCGUUAUUAAUCUUAUAGAUCUCAAGGACCUCAGGAUUUUCACCUUUUCCCAAGCCUCCCUCUCGAAAUCCGAGACAAGAUCUGGACAUUCUCCUUCCCUAAAGCCUGCAUGAUUCAAGUGCUUCCACUCAUAGAUGAAGAUUGCCCUUUAACCUACCGCGAUAUCGAAUCUUCAAAGGUCCUCAACAUCACAUUUUCCUACAAGGAUAACGAUCCUAUAACAGCAUUAAGAACUACCCAAGAAUCUCGCCGAGCAGCCCUACGGAUCUACCAGCAGCUCGUCAUGAGUGGGAGAAAGAUCUACUUCUGUCCCGAUCGUGAUGUUCUCCAAUUCGUAGGACUCGCCACAGUGUCUCUAAAGCUUCUCUCUGAGAGGCCAGAAGAUAUUUUGCAAAUACUCAAGAACACAGUCGAUUAUGAAAGUCGUCAAUUAAUGAGUCAAUUUGGGGACUCGUCUACUCCCAUCAAAUCAGUAGCACUAUUCCUGGAACAAUUCUGGGGACAAUACUUGGAAUUUGAAAGGAGGAAGACACGACCAAAAAAGUAUCGUCGGAUCGCCCGCUAAAUCGACGUUCCGUCAUCGAAGCUUCCUCGACGACCGACAUUACUGAUAAUGGGCUGCUAUCUCAGAAGAGGGAAGGUUGUGGCAUUUGGGACGGACCUGACUUCUCGAUAAAGCCGGCUUGGGUUCGCAUUCUGUACUUAUUUACACAGGAAAUACCAAACGGACAAGUCUUCAC